CUGGCUUCUUCGCCGUUAGCCGCCCUUCAAGGGAGCUUGCAGCAUUAGUACUGUCUCUGGUCAGAGAUAACGCCUGCGCGCAAUGUCUCUGGCAGAGGAGCUGGCGGCGGACCCAGACCUGCGUCUGGAGGCGCGCCUCGUGUUCUCUGCAGAGGACGACAGCAGCGGACCCUCCCUGCCCUCCGCCAACCCUCCCGGGAGGGUGGCCGAUGUCGUGAGGAUAUGGGGCUCCGAGAGGUUGGGAGACCUGCUUGCUAAGGUGGCGAGCGGGUGCGAGCAGCCGUGCACGGUGUGGGAGGCGAGCGCGGCGUGCAGCGACCUGGACGCAGACCUGGGCUCGGCGCACGCGCUGCUGCGCGGCCUCUACGGCCGGCGCUUCCCCGAGCUGGAGGCGCUCGUCAGGGCCGGCGCCGCCUACGCCGCCGACGCCGUGUGUGCAGAGUGCGUGACGGAGGUGCUGGACGCGGAGGCGGGAAUGACGGCGGCGCGGGCGGUGCUGGGGGGGUACGUGGAGGCGCGCAUGGCGGCCGCCGCCCCCGAGCUGGCGGCCGUGCUGGGGGCGGAGGCGGCGGCGCGCCUCGUGGCGGCGGCGGGCGGCCUGCACAAGCUGGCGCGCACGCCCGCCUGCAACGUGCUCGCGCUCGCCAAGGCCGCCGCCGCAGCCUCGGGGGCGGCGGGGGCGGGGGCGGCGCGGCUGGGCGCGGGGGCGGGCGCCGCCGCCGCCGCCAGCCUGCUCGCCUGCCCCACGCUCAUGGACGCGCCGCUGCACCUGCGCAGGAAGGUGGAGCGCCGGCUGAGGCAGCUGCAGGCUCCGCCGCCGCCCAAGGAGACGCGCGCGCUGGCGCGGCCGCCGCCGGGCGUGGGGCUGCUGGGCGGCAGCGUGGGCGGCGGCGCCGGCGUGUACGUGGGCGGCGGCGCGGGGCGGCGGCGCGGGGGGCGGCGCGCGCGCCGGCAGCGGCGCCAGAGGGGGCAGCUGACCGCGCUGGCCCGCCUGCGCAACAGGGUGCGGCUGGCCGACGCGUGGAGCGGCGCCCCUCCGGAGGCCGACGGCUGCUGGGGCUGGGCCGGCGGGGGCGGCGGGGGCGGCGGCGUGGGCGGCGGCGCGGCGGGGCCCGGCGUCGUCAGGGCGCCGCCCCCCGACGACAGGACCAAGGUCCGCAUCUCCAGAGCGCUGCAGCGCCGGCUGGCCGUGGAGCGGGAACGCUGCCUGGGCGCUGGCGACGUGCUGGCCACACCCACGCCGGGCACCGCGUCCAGUGUUGCCUUCUCGACGGUCGAGGGGCUCGAGAUCGUGCACCCUGCGGCGGCCGCCGCAGAGGCCCUGCCCAGGGGCCGCGGCAGGUACUUCGCUGAUGUCGGCGCCUGCUGA